AUGAUGCCAGGAGCCAUGGAUGAUGUUUUCCUCACGUAUACUCACACUCACCUUCUUCGAGAGGGCGAUGAUAUCGUGGUACAGCCUGGAACAGAUCGGACAAUUACCACCAAAUGCUUCGUGGCGCUUGCUACGACAAUCUUUGGUCUGGAUAACAGAGAAAAGCCGAUCGUCCAGCGAGGUCUGCGCAGAUAUGGAGUGGCUCUGAAAGCCCUCAAUCGAGCUCUGAGCGAUUCUGACGACUGUCGAUCAUUCGAUGUCUUGGAGGCAGUCAUCGUGAUGGCGCUAUUUGAAUUACUCGUUGGCGAUCGCGAAGAUGGCUGGAUAGGGCACGCACGAGGCUUCGAACAACUUCUGGAUAUGAGAGGACCCGAGUCGAUGCAGGCACUGCCAUGUCUCAUCAUCUUGGAGAGGGCCCGGACGGCCAUGAUCUUCGCUGCGCUUGUCACUCAUAACCGCACCUUGAUAUCAAACCCGAAAUGGAAGCAGAUUCCAUGGAUGCUUCAUCCAGAGCGCAAGGACGCCUUGCAGCUCCUUCUCGACAUCGUUGCGGACUGCCCAGACAUCUUCGUUCUGCGAGACCAAGUUCUCACCCCUCGGAAAGGAGUUCCACUGCCGAUAUCCAUCCCAUCGCUACGAGACAAGGGCCUGAAGAUACUUCAUGAUCUAGAGAAUUGGGAGACGCUUUGGGGAUCUAUGGCGCUCAGUCGAUGGGAUGCAGUUCCUUCUCCCAGCACCACUCCAACACACUCGCGCCCAGAUGGACUUCGACAGCUGGCAUGGCCCACAGUCUUACGCUACCACUCCCUCCACGAUGCUAGUGUUUCUACCACAUUUCACGGGGCUUUGAUCCUUGUUUUGCUGUUCAUUCAGAGUCUGAAUGUGGAUUCGCAAGAGCCGGCAGAAACAGGGCAACUAAAACGAAUGUACGUCUCGGGGAUAACGAUUUGUCGCAGUGUGGACUACCACCUGGAGAAACUACGGGAUGUCGGCAGCUCAUCCAUCUUGUUCCCAAUGAGAAUGGCGUUUGAGAUCGUAGGAAAGACGGAUAAAGAUAUUGGCACCUGGCUGGCUUUCCAGCUGAAGGUGAUUUCGUCGGGCUCGUCCGGUCGGUGGGCCAUGGCGGAACAUCUGUUGGGCAUGAGGCCGACAUAA